AAAAGAUUAAAAAAUAUAAUUGGGCGUUCUGUCUCUUGGGAGGUUCUUCUUCAACCUUGCUUCUCCAAUCUCCGAACACACCAAGAAAAAGAUGAAAUUUUGAUUGUUGGGAUUUGAAAUCUGACAAAAUGGGUAUGGCUUCUGCGUCAAGUGACGACAUCCCUUUGUUACUCACCCAAUCCCAAUCUCUUGUAAGAACAGGAACGGUGUGGAGCGCAGUGGCACACAUAGUGACAGGGGUGAUAGGAUCGGGAGUGUUGUCUCUUCCAUGGAGCAUUGCACAGCUUGGAUGGCUUGCAGGCCCUUUCUCCGUUCUCCUCAUUGCUUCAACCACUCUCUUCUCUUCGUUCCUUCUAUGCAACACUUAUCGUCAUCCCAAUCCAGAAUAUGGUCCUCACAGGAGUGCCUCUUACCUUGAUGUUGUUCAAUUGCAUAUGGGAGUGGGGAAUGGACGACUCAGUGGCCUUCUUGUUAAUAUAAGUUUGUAUGGUUUUGGAAUUGCCUUUGUCAUUACUACAGCUAUUAGCUUGAGAGCUAUCCAAAAUUCAAUAUGCUUCCACCAAAAAGGGGAUGAAGCAGCAUGUGAAAUUGUGGAUGCUUAUUAUAUGUUGCUUUUUGGGGCUAUUCAAAUUGUUCUCUCACAGAUACCCAACUUCCAUAACAUCAAAUGGUUGUCAGUUGUUGCUGCAAUUAUGUCUUUUACUUAUUCUUUCAUAGGAAUGGGGCUUUCCAUUGCAAAAACCAUAGAAAAUGGACAUGUGGAGGGCAGCAUUGAGGGAAUCAGUACCUCUAGUGGAACUGAAAAGCUAUGGCUUGUUUCUCAAGCACUUGGUGACAUAUCAUUUUCGUAUCCAUUCUCAACAAUUCUUAUGGAAAUACAGGAUACUUUGAAAUCGCCUCCACCAGAAAACCAAACCAUGAAGAAGGCCUCGGUAAUAUCAGUCGCUGUCACAACAUUCGUGUACCUCGCUUGUGGAGGUGCUGGAUAUGCUGCCUUUGGUGAUAAAACACCAGGAAACCUUUUAACAGGGUUUGGAUCCUCCAAAUCUUACUGGCUUGUAAACUUUGCUAACGCUUGCAUAGUGAUUCAUCUAGUUGGUUCAUAUCAGGUGUAUAGUCAGCCACUUUUUGCCACUGUUGAGAAUUGGUUCCGUUUUAAAUUCCCAGACAGUGAAUUUGUGAAUCACACAUAUAUGUGGAAACUCCCGUUGCUGCCAGCUUUUGAACUAAACGUUCUCAGCCUGUCUUUCCGAACUGCUUAUGUUGUAUCAACAACUGUGAUUGCAAUGAUCUUUCCAUACUUCAAUCAGAUUUUGGGAGUUUUGGGUAGCCUUAUUUUUUGGCCGUUAACUAUACAUUUUCCAGUGGAAAUAUACUUGAAUCAGUCAAGUACUGUAGCUUGGACGACUAAGUGGGUCCUGCUUCGGACUUUCAGCAUUUUUGGUUUUGUGUUUGGACUGUUCACUCUCACUGGAUGCAUUAAAGGAAUAGUAACUGAAAAAAUAGGCUGAGAAGCUUUAAUAUCUUUUCGGACUCCAGGUAUUGGAGCCAAGGAAUUAGAUUCAAAUAGCAUUCUAUUUAUUUCCUUUGAAAACCCACAUUAAACAUUCAGAUUCUCUCUUUUACAUUAGGAGGAUUUUGAUGUAGAAAAGCAUAAGAUUUUGCGGGGAACACUGAUGAAUGUAAGGAUUUGCUAUUCAGGUAUUCCAAGAAUAUAGCUGUGCGACGUGAUUCCGCUGCACAAGCUUUAUGCCAUACCUGACGUGCUUCAUCGCAUGAUUUUUUGAGAAACUAGUCAAUUUCGUGUAUUUUGAGAGGUAAUUCUUAAGAUGUAAAUUGUUGCCAUGGAAGCAGUGUUGUGCAUCGCAGGUUUUAAGUUGGAACUACACCCUCACGUUUGGUUUGGCACCCCGCUAGACCUCAGGAAGGUGCCUUCAAGUGGAAUAGGUGAACUCAACACUCCUAUUUCCUCAACCACUAUGUUAAACAAAUAAAUUGAAAGUGGACUAUUCUAUUCC